GUCGUCUGCAACAGGCAUCUCGGGACGUUUCAAGGACCGGAAGUUGCCGUCGCAAAUAUUUCAGGAACAGCCGACUCUCGGCAAACUCCUUUCGUGCGCGAUGGAGAGAGGCUCCAGGCGCUGACUCCGGGGCUCCGGAUAAGGGGUCCGCUGCUCGAGCAUAAGAGACGGCCGACCGUCUGACCUGCGGCCAGAUCUCAGUGAGCGCAGCGCACACCGAGAGAACAGCAGCCAUGGUGUUCAAGUUCCUAGUCUGCCUGGCCAUCGGCUUGGCUCCUGUCCUGGGCCAGCCCGAUCCGGAGGUGUGCAACCUUCCGGCGGAAAGGGGCCCUUGCCGUGCGAGGAUGCCGCGCUGGUUCUUCAACAGCGAGACCCAGGAGUGCGAGACCUUCAUUUACGGUGGUUGCCUAGGCAACACCAACAACUUCCUGACCCGCCAGUUGUGCCUGCUGACCUGCGCACCAGAGUCGGAACUUGACCAGACGCUGACGUCGUCGCCGCCUAGAAACUGCGAGGCCCCCGCGGACCCAGGACCUUGCAGGGGCUACUUCCCGCGCUGGUUCUUCGACGUGGAGACCAGCAAGUGCGAACAGUUCAUCUACGGCGGCUGCCAGGGCAACCCCAACAACUACCACAGCAAAGAGCAGUGCGAGAGCACCUGCGCGCCUCGUACCCAUAACUCUGCCGGAGUCCUCGGCCGGUCCCGGCACCAAGAGACCGACUUCGAGAGGGACUGCCUGCCUGAGGCCGACUCCGGACCCUGCUUCGGCUACUUCCCGAGCUGGUACUUCAACGUGGAGACCGGCAAGUGCGAGAGCUUCACCUACGGCGGCUGCAAGGGCAACAACAACAACUACUACGUCCACGCUGACUGCGUGAAGACCUGCGAGAACUCGCACCACAACCAGCCCUGCUUCCUCCCCAAGAAGGUGGGCCCCUGCAAGGCUGGUAUCCCCCGCUACUACUUCGACCCCAACACCGGCAAGUGCGAGCCCUUCCUUUACGGCGGCUGCCAGGGCAACGCCAACAACUUCAAGACCGUCAAGGAGUGCUUGCGUUCCUGCGUGGAACGCGGCGUGGAGAUCCAGAACCCGAUCGAGGGCCGCACCUCCGACGACGAUGUGUGCAAGCGGCCGGCCAAGACCGGAAUGUGCGCCGGCUACUUCCCACGCUGGUUCUUCAACACGGAGACCGGCAAGUGCGAGGAGUUCGUCUACGGCGGCUGCCAGAGCAACGGCAACAACUUCGUCACCCGCGAGCAGUGCGAGUACACGUGCCCCAACACCACGUUGACGGUUCCUGGGGGACACGGCAACGCCACCUGCAGCCUGCCUAAGAAGGUGGGCCCCUGCAGGGCGGCUAUGCCUCGUUACUACUUCGACGUCACCACCGGCAAGUGCGAGCGGUUCAUUUACGGCGGAUGCGAGGGCAAUGCCAACAACUUCCACACCUUGAAGACCUGCGAGAAGACGUGCAAAGGUAGGCAAACAACCCCCCCCCCCCCCCACACACACACACAAACACAGAACCCGCGUCCGUGUGCCACAGAUCAUGGUCACUCCCACCAUGACUGCGAGUCUCCGAAGGACCCGGGACCCUGCUUCGGCUACUUCCCACGCUGGUUCUUCAACGUGGACACCAGCGAGUGCGAGCAGUUCAUCUACGGAGGCUGCCAGGGCAACGACAACAACUACUGGACCCUCGAACAGUGCCAGAGUACCUGCGCCCGCGGCUGAAGUCCCACCUUCUGAAUCUUCCGAUGGAAACAGCGUCCAAAAGACUGAAGGGUGAAAUAAAGGCGUU